AAUAUAUUACAAAUUAAAAGUGGAUCUCGAGAUUUAAAGUAUGAUUACCCUGAAAUGCAAAGUCAAGCACAGAACAAAGAGAAAAUUGUGCUACAGUGCUAUUGCUAUGUCUGAUCCAACGUAUGAUGUGUUCCUAAGCUUUAGAGGAGAAGAUACACGUGACAACUUCACAAGUCAUCUUUAUGCAGAAUUAUGUAGGCAAAACAUUGAAACAUUCAUAGAUAAUAGACUUGACAGAGGUGAAGAAAUUUCACCAGCCUUAUACAAAGCAAUUCAAGAAUCAACAAUUUAUGUCAUCAUUUUAUCACAACACUAUGCUUCUUCAAGUUGGUGCUUAGAUGAACUCAUUGAGAUACUUAAAUGUAAGGAGAGAUAUGAAAGGGAAGUCAUACCUGUGUUCUAUAAGGUUGAUCCAUCAAAUGUUAGGCAUCAAAGACAGAGUUAUGCAGAUGAUUUAGUUAAGCAUCAUCAACGAUUUGGUGACAAAGUCGAUGCUUGGAAGGCUUCUCUAACCCAAGUAGCUGGACUUUCAGGCUGGGAUUCACAAAAAACCAGACCUGAAAGCACACUUGUUACAGAGAUUGUGGAAGACAUUGUGAAAAAAUUGAAUCGUUGUGUCCCAAGUGAUUAUGAAGAAAUGACAGGAAUUGACAACCAUAUUGAAAAAAUUCAAUCCUUGUUGCUCCUCGAGUCACCGACUGUUCAAAUCAUAGGAAUAUGGGGCAUGGGAGGGAUAGGCAAAACAACAAUUGCCAAAGCAAUCUUUGAUAAACUUGGAACUCAUUUCGGAUCCAAAAGCAUUAUUCGAAAUGUUCAACAAGAAAUAGAAAGAGCAGGACUAUCCCAUGUAAAAAAAGAAUACUUAUCACAACUUCUAAACGAAACAAUUACAUCCUCUGAAUCAAAUUCUUACGAUCAAAGGCUGAAACGGACAAAGGGUCUUAUUGUUUUUGAUGAUGUGAAAGAUGCUGAUCAACUUAAAGAUUUAAUCGGAACACAUCAUAAAUUUGGCUCGGGGAGUAGAAUCAUUGUGACUAGUAGAGACAGGCAAGUGCUUGAGAAUGCCAAUGCUCAUGAAAUAUAUCAAGUUAGGGAAAUGGAUGAUCAAGAUUCUCUACAACUCUUCUGUUUAUGUGCCUUUAAACAAAAACAGCCGAUUGAAUCUUUUGCGAGCUUAACAGAAAAGGUUUUAGCUUAUGCUCAAGGGCUUCCAUUAGCUCUCAAAGUUUUGGGCUCAUUGCUUUAUGGAAAAUCGGAGAAAGUAUGGGAAAGUGAGCUGCAAAAGCUUAAAAAGCUUCCAGAUCUUAAUAUUUUCAGAUUGUUGAAGUUGAGUUAUGAUGGACUUGACGACGAACAAAAGAAUAUCUUUCUUGAUAUAGCUUGCUUCUAUACAGGAGAACCGGAGAAAGCUGUAGCACUCGCAUUGGAUUCUUCUGGUUUCUCUGCUUCUAAAGGAAUAGAUGAUCUCAGUGAUAGGAUCCUUAUAUCUAUUUCAAACGGUAGAGUUUGGAUGCAUGAUCUAAUACAAGAAAUGGGGCAUGAAAUUGUUAGGCUUCAAUGUGCCAAUGAUCCUGGAAAACGUAGUCGAUUAUGGAAGACUAACGAUGUUUAUGACGUUUUAAGUAAGAACAAGGGAAAGGGAACAGAUGCAAUCCAAUGUAUAUUUCUAAACAUGGAUGAAAUAAAGAAUGUUCAACUGCAUGCUGAUACAUUUAAGAAAAUGCAUAAUCUUAGAAUGAUCAAGUUCUACACUCACUUUAGGAAUAACUCAAAUGUGACCUUUCAUGCGUUUCUUAAGCGUUUUCCUAAUGAUUUAAAAUUUCUUCGUUGGGAUGGCUUCCCUCAAAGAUCUUUGCCGCAAGACUUUUGCCCAAAAAAUCUUGCUACACUUGAUAUGUCUUAUAGCCAUCUUGAACAACUUUGGGAGGGGGAUCAGGCUUUACCAAAUUUGAAAAGGCUCAACCUCAGUUAUUCUAAGAAGCUGGUUCGAGUACCGGACCUCUCCUUAUCUCCAAAUAUUGAAGAAAUAAUUCUUACUGAUUGUAUAAGUUUGGUACAAGUUUAUUCCUCUAGUUUCCUUGACAAGCUUAACUGGUUAUAUUUAGCUGGUUGUACCAAACUUGAGAGGUUAGAUGUUCGUAGUAAUAUUCUGUCGAGAUCAUCUGGAUUAGUUGCUCUCCCAAAUUGUUACAAACUUGAAAAGCUUUUAAUAAGCGGUAGAACUGAUGUGGUUCAAUCAUACAACUGUUCUGAUUUUUAUGUAUAUUCUAACUGGGAAAGAAAAAUAUUUGUUAGUAAGUCGAUGGCAAUAGAGCUGAAUAAUGCGGGGGAUUACGAGAUUUGUGAUCUGGAUUCAAAUACUAUUGUUAGAAGUAUCAAUGACCUUUGUUGGUUGGAUAUUUCGAAUUGUAGGUCCCUAACAUGUCUACCAGCUGAACUUUUCAAUUCGAAGUUUCUUAGAAGACUUUGUCUCCGUAGUUGUUUACAGUUGGAGGAGUUACCUGAAAUCAAGGAGACUAUGGAAAAUCUAAAAGUGCUUAUUUUAGACGAAACAGCAAUAAAAGAACUACCUUCAUCCUUGCACCUUUUGGUCGGACUUGAAGAAUUGAGCUUGCAAUGUUGCAAAAAGCUUAAGGCUAUUCCAUCUUCCAUUGGAAAUCUUAGUAAACUCUUGGAGUUAGAACUUACCUACUGUGAGUCACUUGAAACUUUUCUGAGCAGCAUUUUCAAAUUGAAAUUGACAAGACUCGAUUUCUAUGGUUGCCCAAUGCUUGGGACCUUUCCAGAAAUACCAAAUGAGGUUGGCCGGUUGUCAUCCUUGACUGAACUUUCACUGCAAGGAAGUAGUAUUGUGAACCUUCCUGAGAGUAUAGCUCAUCUGUCAAGUUUGAGAUCACUUAAUUUAAGUGAUUGCAAAUUGCUUGAAUGUGUACCAAAGCUUCCACCAAAUCUAAACCAAGUUUUGGCAUUUGAUUGUCAUUCCAUGAAGAGAAUGAUGCUAAAUUCAGGGUCUGAUUCCAAAGAAGGCACCUUCAAAUUUUAUCUCACCAAUAGUCAAAAAGUAGAUGCUACUUCUUUGAGUAAUAUUGAAAAGGAAGCAUAUAUUAAGAUCAAUAAUGAUGCAUAUUGGUGGGUGUUGUUCUGUUUUCCAGGAAUUGCAGUUCCUGAUUGGUUCCCUCACCGUUGUCAAGGACAUUCAAUAAGUAUAAGCAGCGAUGAUUUAUAUUUGUACGAGAGAAACAGGCUUAUUGGUUUCGCUCUGUGUGUGGUUUUGGGGCAUGACUUUCCAUACGAAAUCUCUCGGUUUGAUAUUAGCUUUGCAUAUGCAUUAAAAUUUGAGUCUGAUGGUCGAAUACACUUACGUUCCAACAAGCUUGAAGUUGAAUAUGAUAGGCAUAGGCUAGGUCAUAAUAGAAGAAUUUCCCAACAUAACACAUUCUUAUGGAAGUAUAAAUUGAACUCGUCAAGAAUUGGAAGAUUUGCCGAGGCUUUCACUUUUGAGAUCCUAGAUGGGAAUCGUCGUCUCUUAAGUUAUCCAACAACCAUGAUGGUGAAAGAAUGUGGAAUAUAUCCUCUGUAUGCCAAAGAAAAUGAUGAUAAUAGCAUUCAUGAACCAAGUGGGGACGGCAAAAGAGACCAAACAAAUUCUGUGUCUAGGUGCAGGUGGUACGAGUGGUAGGAGACGCGGGGGCUGCAGUGUAUUUGCUGAAUCCCUUUUUUUUAAUAGCUGGUAUGCUUAUUGGCUCUUUGUUAGUAUACUGUAUUAAACUGAAGUGUGUCUAGAGAAUCUUAAGGCUCCUGACCUUCCAGGACCUUAAUUGGUGGCAGUAAUGAUCAUCAAUUCAGAUUAUGCCUUUUCAAAUCCAUUUUUGGUUACCAUGUAAAUUAAAGUGUUCCAACUUAUGUUUAUUACGUACUAAGUUUUCUCUUUUUGUUUC